UCUUCAUAGAGAAAUUUAAUCUACUUUUAACGAUUCUUACACAUAUAUAGACAUAAUCCACGACACAGUCCGGAAUAAUCUCGAUAUUGUGGUAGGAUGGCUAUUCAUCGUACUGCUUAUUGGUUCAAUUUUAACAAUAUUUUCGACAAUUUCCACAACAUUUUCUUGCUGUCAAAAACCCCUCAGGGAGGACAACAAGCAAAAACUCAUCAAUGAAGAUGAAUCAGAUCGUAAACUGUACUUUCCUCAUGUUCCAAGAACAGUUUAUCCGACAAGUCAAUCGAUAUUUCAACAAAAUGACAAUGAAGUAAUUGAUUCACUGACUCCAGCAUAUAGAAAGCUACUAAGUACGCAUGUCUGCCAAUUUGAUAGUGGGUACAAAACUGAUGGGAAUGAAAGUACAGCAUGUUCCACAAAUAAUUAUAUACAAGAAAAUAAAACAUCUUUAUCAUUAGAGAAGAUUCAUUCGAAUAGAUUGGGGUGCGAAUCAACACAAUUGAAACAUUUACUGGCAAAAGACGAAGACACGGUGAAUGACAUGUCGAAGAUAGCUGAAACAGAAAACGUCUUAAAAAAUGCUUCAAAUUCAUCAGAUCAACUCAGAAUAAGAAAAUUAUCAAGUAGAAAUUCAAGUGGAAAUACCAUGCUCCCAAUCACCUGUACUCAAGAGUCCAGUACGUUCUCAGAUUUCCCUAUUUGUAAUGAACAUUCUAUGUACACCUCGCUGAAACAUUGUCAGCCAGAGUGCAAAGAUAUGAAAAAAGAAAACGAGACUCUUGACACAAAAUACUGCGACGAAAAAAUUUCCCAAGAUGAGAGUGCCGUUAGAAGACCAAUUGAGAGCAAGGAACGAGGAGCAAGUAGUUUUGGUGGUAUUGAAUUUAAUUCAAAGACAUGUGCAUUUUCACCUGAUUAUUGCGCCUUCACAUUCCAAAGAGAGGGGUCAAGUCUCUCUAAUCGCAGAGCAAGUGCGUUUGCAAUGUAUUCUGGGAAUUCUCAAUUCCAGUCUCAACCACGUGGAGCAAGUUCGUUUGGAGAGCCUCAUGCGAAGUUGCAAGAGUUUUUAAGAUUUUCAUCCAAAGAUGCAAUUCCAAUUACUACAAGGAACUCUGUAGAUGAGAUCAAAGAGAAUUCAUUUAAGUUCCACUUCGACUGCAAUAAUGUAACUGCUUUUUCUCGGAACGGUGUCUCUGACAGCGAUUAUCCUCGAUCAAAUUUAAAUUCCUCGAAACGAAAUUGCAAUAAUCUGGCCACUACGUCAAAUUUAUGCUUCGAGUGUCAAAAACCAAUAAGUAACAGCAUUAUAGAUUCACGUGACGUAGAAAAAUCAAUUACAUCAUCUCAGUAUGCAUCUAUAGAAACGUCGGCAAAUACAGUAAUUAACGACAACGAAACAAAAAAUUCGAUCAAACUGGACUCCAAACUUGAUUUUUAUAGCGAAGAUCCCAUGUGCUGUGAUAAAGAUUCAAUUCUUGACAGCAUAAGUUUGAGUUUUGCAUACGAAUCAGAGAGCGAAGAAGAUUUCAGUUAGUAUUGUGAGAGACGAACACAAAUUAGAUGUGGUGGUACGUCGCAUGUGUGCUAGUUGUUUGUUUCAUUUUCAUCAUCACCUUUCUCAUUGGUUACGCGAUUCACCACCUCACACACCGAGAGAAAGAAAUAUUGACGUCAAGAAACGUUAAAAAUGGAUACUUAAUAAAACCAUCCAGAUGUUUACAAGAAGAAGUUAACUAUGGAGUUCCUUACACCUCUCGUAAACCAGUGAAUGUUCAACCUUAUUUCAAAAAUCGACAUUUAACAGAUACGUCGACGUCAUUUGAUCAAAAUCAUAAUGACAAUAGCAACACAUGGCAACCUAACGUCGAAGACUACCAUGUACCAUUGAUAUCACAUUACGAAAGCAAACAAACAGCAUCAAGGAAUAAUACGAAGAGAAAAAACGUUUCAAAAACUUAUGGUAGACAAAAAAGUCGACAUAUAAACUCUCCAGCUAUUGUGAUAUCACAAAUAAGCGAUAAUGCACCUGCAAGACGUUGUUUGGAUACCCACGAUAAGCCUCAGUUAACUUAUUCCAUAUUUUAUGAUAGACCAUCCAAAGACUUACAUAUAACAGUGUUUGGUGCCAGCAAUUUACCGGCUUCAGAGCAACCCAACCAAAACACGCGUUAUUAUCGUGUUCAUGUGCUCGUGGAGGCGUGUGAGACGAAGUGGCAGAAAACGCGGUACGUAUGUGGAACACGCAAUCCAGUGUUCAACGAAACGUUUAUUGUAUCAGGUCUUGCUCACAACAAGCUGCGAGAAUGUUGUUUGAGGUUUCGUGUUGUUGAAUACGAGGAAAUCAAAUAUUUUUGGAGUACUUUGGGUGAAAUUAUAGAACCAAUGGUAGAUCUUAGAGCUAACAUGUUGUUUAAAUCAACAAAAACCUUGUGUGAGAUAUAAUUGAAAAUAUAAAAGAAUAAAGAGCUUAAAUCUUUUUAUGAA